AUGUUUAUUGAGCGAGGCUGUGACGACAAUCACAACGAUAGGUAUUGUCCAAAUGGUGAUGACACAUGUGAAAGAAAGAUUCUGGAUCAUUUCCUAAAAUCAUGUUUUGGAAUAUGCUGUAGCAGCGAUAAUUGCAACAAUUACACUCCCGAUCGCGACAGUGCCACAGGUGUCAUGGCCGCGAAAUUUAUUCUCUGUUUGAUGGUCAUUGUGGGAUAUUUCUUAGCCUAAACUUUCUAAGUUGUUGUUGUAUUUGAAUAUCAUGUAGUUUAGUUUAGUGUUGCUCAACCGCUAAGCAACCUAUGGUAAAACACAUUUAUAAUCAUAAUUAUAAUCACUAUACUCGAAAAUAGAUAAUAGCUCUACUUUCCAUAAGGGUCGACCGACUGGGGCAGAACCCCAAAAAUUCAUGCAAAGAGUGGAAUUUGAAAAUUCAUGCCAGCAUUUAGAGAAAGAAAAAAGUUUAAGCAACUACAUAGAAUAUACAGAAAUAUACAGAUAAAAUUCCUCCAGCACAACUUCUACACUGUCAAUUCCUCCCUCCCUCCCCUCCCAGGAUACUUAAUGAUCUACAUCAAGUCAAAAGUGAUACAUUUUGGAAGUCAGUUUUAAUCUUAUACUGUCCAGUAUCCACUUAAGAUUUUAUUUUCAAAGCGUCAGAAAUUAGAUUCUGUUGUGCAAACCACUUCCUAUAUAUAGGCUGUGCAAAAUAAACUUAUGCAAAUAUUUUUUUGUAAUUUUGAAGAGUCAUUAUAUCGAAGGCAUCCAUGCAAAAAUUAAUUGUUCCACAACAUAUGUAAUCAUAAUUGUAAUCAUUAAUCCGAUUAUGUGCACAAGAAUAGUGUUAACAAGUUACUAUACUAACGAUUUUGUGUAGUCUAAUUUAUAUGUAAAUUUGAAGGCCACAGGCUCAGGUUUCUCAGCUUCGCUGUUGUGUGCACUCGGCUCGUAAGAUAAAGUUUAUUUCAUUAAUCAUUCAUGUAAUAGUCCUCGUGUGAUGUCUACAUUGUCUUGUAAUGCGUCUCGUAACCUGUCUUGUCCCAUAUCGUGCUGUUGUUAGUUUUUUGGGGAAGAAGCAGAAUUCUCUGUCAGUCUGUGAGCUGUGUUUAAAACCAGCUUGAAUAUUAAACAACAAUUAAAAUAUAAAUAUUCUGCAUGGUACGAAUUUAGUAAGCUUGAUAUACAGAAAUUUUUGUUUAAAGAGAAAUUGGUGGGGUAUUCUGCUUUUAACUCCCGAUAUUUUAAAGUUUGUUUGUCUUGUAUUGUGUAAAGGGUCGCUGUAAUUGGCGGAAGCUGUAGCGUAUACCCAGCCAUGUCAAUGUAUGUAUCUCAACUGGUGGCGCAACACAGAAGCCCCGGGUACGAGACGAAAUCACUCAUGCAGGCGCUCGCAACAUAUCAUGGGAUGCGGACAUUCUCGUCGGAACAACCACUGAGCUCGAUGUAACUGGACUAAUAAGAUCUUCAGUCAAAUGGUGGUAAAUCAAGUCAAAAAAGCGGUACAUUUGGGAAGUUGGUUUCAGUCUUUCACUGUUCAGUAUCCACUUUUGACUUUAUUUUCAAACCGUAAGACAUUAAAUUCAGUUGCAUGUACAAACCACCGGGUAAAGACCUACCUAAAAUAUCAUGUUUUGUGAUUGGCUUUCAGCUAGAAACAAAUCAAAAAGAAAAAUUGUCAUUGUUCAGGCUCGUUCUUUAGAAAGACGAUUUCUAUAGUCAGUUUAUUGUCUUUCAUUGUUAUAAUCAACCAACCACGAGCCUGGAUAGUAUAGGUAGAUAAUGACCCAAACCACUUCCUAGGCUGUGCAAAAUAAAUUUAUGCAAAUAUUUUUUUGUAAUUUUCAAGAGUCAUUCCCGAAGGCACCCAUGCAAAAACUAAUUGUUCUGACAAUUGAACAAUUUAAUUCCUUGAUAUAUGCAUACUUUAAAAUUUCCAGUCUGAUUCGAGUACAAUUUUAUCCUGACAAAAAAACGUGUUGUUUUGAUGCGAGGUCGAUAUUAUUGAAAAAAAGCAAUAUCGUAUCGGCCUAAACUUUAAUGAACAAUCAAUAAACGGCGUCUUUAAGACAAUAUCGCCACCCAUGCACUGCUAAUGAGUUUUGUACUUGACAAAAGUAAUCCAUCUAAUUAGCGUCAGGCAUCUAUUCUGACCAAUAGGAAAGAUAUAUCCAGGUGCAAUGUAAUAUUUAUUGUUUUCUAUGGCACAUUUAAUGAAGGCAUGAGAUGCAAUGACGCUUUUACAGACGCAUUUUUACUGCUUGCAAACGAGAAGUGAUCGAAGCUUGCUCUGUUGAGAACAUCAAAAACUUGCGUAAUUUAGGUAAGUCAUGGUCGUUUAGUCUUUCUUCUUCGUCUCGAAAUAUACAGUAGUAAAGUAUUAACCUAGCUAGUCUGUGCAUGCCUAUGCGGUGGGUAGUUUCAAUAAUAAGUUAGGAGCGAAGACCCUCCUAACAAUCCGACGAAACGAAACGCUCGAAACGUCGAAGUUUUUGUAUAUUUCAUGUUAUAUAGUUGCAUUUUUAUCAAUUCGAAGCUUUCUCAAUAAGUUUUAAUCUUAUUAACCUAUCUUGUUCGUAUAAACCAUGUUUCAUAGUUACAUUUAGGGUUUUUAAUUCACAAAAUGUACGAUAAAAACUGUAGGUCAAACUCUGAGAAGCAUCGCAAGAAUUUCAUUUCCAGUGACUCUUGACUCGAGUCGAGCAGAAACCUUUCGCUUACUAUUGAUCGUUGGCGUUGCCUGCACGGGAACGACACAUUUGAAAUAUUCGAAAUGAAUCAUCCGUCGUAGAGUGUAAAUAAACAGAGAUCCUGGUCUUCAGACGCUGCGAAUAGAUCUAUGUCGUGGCAAAUAUAGUUCUGAUGACAAAUGAUUAGACGAAUAGGCGGUUGAUGAGCCCGAUUUAUGAUAGUUCUCUCUGUAUUCGUACUAUAUGUUAAGAUUAAGAAUUAUUCUGCAAUAUUCUACGCCCUUUCUCAAGCGGAUGAAUCAAAGAAAAUUAACGAAAACGAAAACUUAUUUCGGGCAUGUCCACGCCUAGCUGAUCUGUUUAUGUAUCUGACAAUAAAUAAUAUUCUAUACAAUAACUCUACCGUGGUUUGUGUCUGAACUACCUGAAUAAGUGUCUCAAACGUUGUGGUCCAGUAUAGGUAGUAUUCUACAAUAAGCUGCCGUGGUUUUGUCUGAACUACCGGCUGACAAAGAUAUCUCAAACGUGGUGGUCCAGUACCUUGUAGGUAGUAUUCUACAAUCUAAACUACCUAAGCUGUCUUGGUUUGUGUCUGAGCUACCUGAAAAGAUUAAAAAUACUUUAAUUACGAGCGAAGACCCUUACUUGGGCUACUAACAUCUUGACAAAAGACCAGUUCGAAACGUUCAAACAUUUUUAUGUUUUCCCGACAGUUUACACGAACCAAGGCAGCUUAUUUUUUUGUUUGGCUAUUGGGACGGUAAUAUCCAUGGUUUCCAUCGCCAUGGACGCUCAAUCUCUCAUUAGAUCUUUUAUGUUCCAAAUUAAUUAGUCGUUAAUGUGGGCGCUGUCUGUAGUUUGUGUAUAAUAACAUUUCAAAUUUUGUUUUAGAUUUGUCCGAGCAACAUCCUGUCACUAUGAUUUCAUCAAGUCAUUUUAACAAAAUUUUUCUUACUCUUGCAAUUGCGCUGACUUUCUCAGCUAUAGGUAAGCAAUUUUGAAUCUUUAAUGAAUUAUUCCGGCUAUAUACUAAAUUUUGAUCUAGGGAGGAAGAAGAACAAAAUCCAUCACCACAGCUAGAAAGGAUAGCUCUGUCAGUUUUUAAACUGUUCUCCCUAGAUAGAGGUCCAGUGCAGAGGAUAAUCUCUUAUUGAUCCGGUAUUACCACAGGAGGAAACCUAAACUAAACUAACUUGAUUUAUACUACAGGAUAGCUCGGUCAGUUAUAAACUGUUCUCCCUAGAGGCCCAGUGAGGAUAAUCUCUUAUUGAUCCAGUGUUAUCACAGGAAGAAACAUAUAAACUAAACUAACUUAAAAAUUUUAUUUAUACUCAGGGACACCGGAACGAUGUGAAGGCAAGGGGGGGGAGAUUUUCGUGACAGGGCACUUUUGAAUUGAUAUAUACUAAGAGAUGUUUGCAAAACAUGAGGAGUUGAACUUCGCCUAACCAUGUUUUCUAUUUAUUGGAUGAUAGGGAUGUGAGGGGUUUCUCCGCCACUAGGCGAUUGUGCUAUUCUUGAAGCUCGAUGACUGCAUUUCUUGCGUUUUCUGAAGCAAAUUCGUAAAAGAAUCUCACUAACAUUUCUGACAAUUCGCUAUUUCGCCAAGGCAAUCCUUUAAAGUGAAAGGGCACCUUUCCCCCCCCCCCCUUUGCGCCUCCUGGUAAAGACCGAUGGGGGUGGCUGCCCCUUCCUGUUUAUACUGGAUAGCCUUAUCAGUUCUAAACCGUUCUGGCUAUAGAGGUCCAGUUAAGCCCACCCCUAACUACUCUAUAGUGUCACUACAGUACAUGAGAAAAACGGCGCAUCCGGAGAAAACCAGUGGUGGUUGAUAGAGUCAAACUCAAAGCACUCUUCUCACAUGCAUGGAACUAAAGUGAAAUUAUAAUCAGACAACUGUUUAUUUCAGGAAUCGAACUCCUGCGGCAGCAAGCCGUAACCACACAAACACUAACUACCGUGCCAUCAUAAACGUACGAGUAAUUUCAUUUUUCAUUAUAUAUCUUUUAGGGAGCGCAUUGAUGUGCAACGUAUGUUCUUACACAUCAGCACAACCUAAGGCACAGCAAAUGUGCGGGAAUAAUACAGUCAACUGCGCGACAGGCUACUGUUUUUCGUCAACUUACACCACGGAUACCGACCUAGUGGUGACUGUUCGUAGCUGUGACGACCCUAACGACAGAUCUUGCCCAGAUGCUGAUGAUACAUGCGAGAAACGAACCAGCAAGUUUAACCUGAAAUCAUGUGCUGGAAUGUGCUGUACCACCGAUAACUGCAACAAUUAUACCCCCAGUAGUGCCACUGGUAUCAUGGUCGCAAAAUUCAGCCUGUGUGUGAUGGUCAUAGUCGGUUUCUUUCUAGCUUAA